ACUAUCAUCUCUGAUUUUCUGCUCCUGGGCUUUUCUGAACAUCCAGAGCAGCAAACCCUUCUGUUCGGGCUCUUCCUAGGAAUGUACCUGGUCACCCUCUUGGGGAACCUGCUCAUCAUCCUGGCCAUUGGCUGUGACCAGCACCUCCACACCCCUAUGUACUUCUUCCUGGCCAAUCUGUCCUUUAUUGAUACCUGUUUCACCUGUACCAUUGUCCCCAAAGUGUUAGUGAACAUUCACACACGGCACCGCACCAUCUCCCGCACUGGCUGCCUCAUGCAGAUGUACUUCUUCAUGGCCCUGGCACUGCUGGAUGACUUCCUGCUGGCUGUGAUGGCAUACGAUCGCUAUGUGGCCAUCUGCCUUCCUCUGCAUUACACCACCAUCAUGUGUCUCCAACGAUGCCUGCUGCUGGUGACUACCUGCUGGCUCUUCUCCAACCUCCUAGCUUUUUCCCUCACUCUCCUGAUGGCUCAACUCUCCUUCUGUGCCUCCCAUUCCAUCCCACAUUUUUUCUGUGAUCUUCUUCCCCUACUUAAACUUGCCUGCUCAGAUACCCACACCUUUCAUUUCAUGAUGUUCAUUGACACUGCCCUCUCGGGUGUGAUCCCUCUUGUCUGUGUCUUGGUCUCUUAUGCUCACAUCAUACACACCAUCCUCAGGAUUCCCUCUGCUGGGGGGAAGCAUAAAGUCUUCUCCACCUGUGGUUCUCAUCUGACAGUUGUCACUCUCUUCUAUGGAACUGUAUUUCUGGUUUAUUUCCAGCCUUCAUCCUCCUAUUCUGCAGAUACUGGAAUGGUGGAAUCUAUUGUAUAUACAAUGGUCACCCCUAUGUUAAAUCCUUUUAUCUACAGCCUAAGAAACAAGGAUAUGAAGGGAGCUUUGUGGAGACUGUUUGGCCUUAGGAAAAGCUGUACUUCGUAA